UAAAGUGCAAAAGUUGCCACGUGGGAGCAAGCUGACACGAUAUCUCUAAUUUGGACCGCUCACUCGUUGAAGCUUCCAUUCCACCACCUCUGCGCUCUCUCCUAAAAUCAAAGUCAGUAGUUAGGAAGAGGCAAUAAUCUAAUCUCUCUCAUAGAGAUUGGUAAGCUUCAACUCAACCAAGUUUGAAAGAGAAGGCAACAGAUCAGAACCCCAAUGGCUUCCACUUCCGCAGUCUCGGUGGCGAUGCCGAUUACUAAGGCGAGCGCGAGGAGCUCCCAACGCUUUGGCAGGGCAAGGGCGUUGCCUCUGAGGCCUUCCAGUUCCAGCAACCCAACUCCAACUCCAACUCCAACUGCUGCGCCUGCAUCGAACUCCGCCGCCAAGUUCCAAGUGCGGGCUUCCUUGAAGGACAAGGCAGUUGCUGGACUCGCUGUCACUGCGCUCACGGCCUCCCUGCUUAUUCCUGAGGUGGCUGAAGCUGCUGGGCCUGGCGUCACUCCUUCUCUCCAGAACUUCUUGCUCAGCAUUGCCGCCGGUGGAGUAGUGGUCACUGCCAUCAUCGGUGCAGUUUUCGGCGUCGCCAAUUUCGAUCCCGUCAAGCGGACCUGAAUCUGACCAGUUAUGUUAUCAUUUUCCUCUUCGCAACGCCGUCCCCUGAUGUUCCAUUGUCUCUAGUGCUUGUUUCUGCAUUUUGUGUGAAAUAUGCGGCUCCUGCUGUAAAUUCACCAGAAACUAUAAUAAUAUAUUGAAUAUAAAAGUUUCAAUUUUCUCAAAAGUCA